AUGCCCGGUGUCAAGACAGGAACCCUCUGGAAGAAGUCCAAGACCGACUUGCAGAAGCAGCUCGAUGAGCUGAAGCUGGAGCUUUCCAACCUCCGUGUCCAGAAAAUUACCAGUGGUGCUUCUUCCAAGCUCACCAAGAUCCACGAUGUCCGCAAGUCUGUCGCCCGUGUCCUGACUGUCAUCAACGCCACUCAGCGCCAGCAGCUCCGCAUCUUCUACAAGGGCAAGAAAUACCUGCCUCUCGACCUCCGCACCAAGAAGACCCGGGCUAUCAGGAGGCGGUUGACCAAGCACGAGUCUAGACUCAAGACUGUCAAGGAGAGCAAGAAGGCUCUGCACUUCCCUAAGAGGAAGUACGCUAUCAAGGCGUAA